CAGUUCCGCCUCUGUCAACUCUCGAAGACUCUCCGUGUCUCUCUCUGCAAACCCUAGUUCUCUAUUCAUCGCUUUGUCAUCCCUCACAUCCCUCAUGGAGUUCUGGGGAGUUGAAGUUAAGGCUGGAGAGUCCUUUAAAGUAAAAUCCGAGGAUGACAAGAUUUUGCAUCUUUCACAGGCAUCAUUGGGGGAGUCAAAGAAGGAGAAAGGAAAUGAAUCUGUUCCUCUUUUUUUGAAAAUUGAUCAACAAAAGCUUGUUUUGGGAACACUUUCUCCAGCAAAUAUUCCUCAGCUAUCUUUUGAUUUGGUUUUUGAUAAAGAGUUUGAGCUCUCUCACAAUUGGAAAAAUGGGAGUGUCUUCUUCAUGGGUUACAAGUCUGUUCUUCCUGAUGAGGAAGAGUUUUCUGAAUUUGAUGAUUCUGAUUCAGAGGAAGAUCUCCCAGUUAACGCCAUAGAAAAUGGAAAACCUGAGCCAAAGGUUGAGCAAGCAAAGGCUGUACCAACCAAUGCUAAUGCUGGCAAAGCAAAGGCGAAGGUUGAAGAGCCACCCAAAGAUGCCAAGGAUGAAGAAGAUGAUGAUGACGACAGUGAUGAGGAUAUGGUUGAUGAAGAUUCUGAUGAAGAUUCUGAUGAGGACAUCAUGAGUGAUGCUGAAGAUGGUAGUGAUGAAGGAUCAGAGAGUGAAGAUGAAGAGACACCCAAGAAGAAGGUUGAACCAGGAAAAAAGAGGCCAACUGAAUCUGCCACAAAAACACCAGUUCCAGCUAAAAAGGCUAAAUUAGUUUCACCUCAAAAGACAGAUGGUAAGAAGGGUGGGGCUCAUACAGCAACUCCUCAUCCUAACAAGAAGGCUGGGAAAACUCCUGCUAGCGGUGACAAAGGCAAGGGGCAGAGCCCAAAAUCUGGUGGCCAAGUCUCUUGCAAAUCUUGCAGCAAGACAUUCAACUCAGAAAAUGCGCUGCAAUCCCAUUCCAAGGCUAAGCAUGCUGUCUCUUAGAGCAAAAGAAGUCUGUCUGUCGAAUUUGAGGUUGGGUUGUAGAGGAGGAUGAGCUGAUUAUUAUGCAUCAAGUAUUUCAGUUUUGUCACAACAGAGAGGGAGAGGAGAGGAGAGGAGAAAGCUUUGGCUUAAAUUACUAUUUUUGUUAACGUUUUGCUAUUCCUGUACCCCGUCUCUGGCGUCUUAGGAAGUUUUAUUUUCUAGUUAUUGGUUGUGCAAUUAGUCAUAUCUGAGUCUUUGUUGUCCCAUGAACUUAACUUAUCAUCUGCUUUUAUUCAUAUGGCGUGUGUUUGUAACAUGCAAAUUAUAUAUCUUCAAGCCCAUCUCUAUUACUUUCUUUCCUAUUUA